AUGUUAGAGAAGUGCUUUCUGGCGAUUGUACUUCGGUUCAAUACUGAUUUCCGUAUGGCCGUCAAUUUCAUUCAAAUUAAUAAAAAAUGCCAAGACGUUGUUUUGAUGUUGAAAAUUAAUCCACUGAACAUCAAGUCGAACAUCUCUUCAUUGUUUAAUGCCGAAAAAAUUCAAAGGAAUAUUCAGUUUUCGAAAGAACUACUUUUAUACGAAAAAAUCGAAACUGUCCGCAUCGACGAAAAUUUGUUGCUUUGCUUCAAAAAACGCGUCUUGGAAAAUAAAAAUAUCCACCGAAUUAUUGUAACUUCCGCGUGCACUCCAAACAUAUUGGAUGACUUAAAACAGCAAAUAGUCGAACUCACUGUCAACAACAAAUUCAACUGUUUUAACUUCAAUCAAUUUGAAGCACUCAAGAAAAUCAAAGUCACUUGUUUGGAGGUCAAACCAUCCUUUGUCGAAGCAGUUAAUGCGCUUCCUGUGUUAAAUUAUGUUGGUAUUUACUGUUACAAAGAACUCAAUUAUAGUGUUAUCGAUUUGGUGUGCCAGUGCAAAGCUCCGAACGUCCGAUUCUUUGCCGACUGUAUUUCUCCGUCUUUGCUCAAUACCUUUGAAAUGCCAAAAUUGAAGAACGAUAUAGUGUUCUGUUGUAAAGACUAUAUUUGUGGAAUGUCGAAAUAUUUUCAUGUGAAUAUGUCUACCCAAGUAGUUAUCCAAGUCGCUCCACAGUGUUACACAUUCACUGAAUUUCUUACAAAAUAUCUUCCUACAAGUAUCUUACUCAAACCAAAUUCCUUUGUUGUUUCAGAUACUCCUGUGCAUAGAAAAGUCUGUUUAGACCUUUCUCAAUACACAUUUUUAUCUGAAAUUAAAAAUGAUGUCCCUUGGCUUCUUAUAACAUAUCCAAAUAACAUAGAAGCUGUUGGGGAUCGUGUCGUUCCAAAUGUCCAUCUAAAAGGACUAACAAUUAAUCAGUCCAGGUACAACGGAUCUAUUCCUUUGUCUGUAAGUUCACUCACAACAAACAACUCGGCGCUCUCAUUUGACAAUUUACCUCACUUGUACUACCUCCAAUGUUUCUUUUCUACUUUCAACUUCGACUUGAACGCUCUCACUUCACUCACUAAGAUCCACACUAUCGGAAAUUAUGCUAACUUCAACGGAUUGACUAAUCUAAAGGAACUCACAACGGACGGAUUCACAAAGCAAGACGUGCUUUUCCCUCCAAGUCUCACUUAUUUGCGUCUCGAGUCAGCGUCAGUUGUCAACACAUCACUUUCGUUGAAAAAACUCUUUAUCAGACUUUCAAUGAAAACUUCUGCUGAUCUUAUUAAACUUAAUAACUUGACAAAAUUGUGUUUGGAUGGCGACUUCACAGAACUCAAAUUUCCACGUUCGCUUCGUUCACUCAAACUCGUCUCCGUUUGUUACAAAAAGGCAAUCAACUUAAUAGACAUUGGGUUGCUCAAUCUCAAGAUCAUCGACUCAUUCGACGUGUCGGUACACCUUCCUUCUUCUCUCGUUUCCCUCAAAAUCGAGAAGUCCGAAAUUCGCGUUUUCAAUGCAAAGUCUCUCAAUUUAAACUUCUUUUGCUUAUAUGACUGCAGCGCGCUGUUUCUUGACGAUUUCUUCAAUUCAGCAAAAGUUCUUUACGUAUUCCUAUUUGAUAACAACACGCCCAUUACUAUCAAAAAGAACUGUUUCGCUAUCCCAAUUGUAUCGCGUCACAAAACUUGCUUUGUUUUUCCCUGA